GUAACCAAUAUGGAUGACUUGUAAACAUCCUACUGAAGAUUUAUUUCCAGAGAACAGAGUUGUAUACAGAAGAUGAACAGAAAUAUGGGGCGUAAAAGAAGAUUUUCGCAAAUCACUACCGAGGAGAGGAAAGUCACUGAUGUGCAGACAAGGCAAGAAGCGUCUCUUCGAUACACGAAAAAGGAAAAAGUAGACAUGUUUUAUUGCGUACAAACUUUCGGGCCACAUUUUCGAACGCUGACAGUUAAGUGCCAACAUCCUGAAUCGCAUCUGUGCAGCAAAAUGGCCGACAAGUUCAACCUGUUUCUGUCCGGUUUAAGAGUGCCUGUAUUGACCUCGUUCAAAGUCUCUGAUCUUCAAGUGGACAGCACCAGUAGGAUGGUGAUAAAAAAAAUUAAUAAGACAUUGACGGAAAUGUUCGCCAUGGACUGUCAUCUGAAGGUCUUUGAGAUGCCUGCCGCCCACUGGCCGAAUAGAUUUGGUCGCGAGCUCCUGAACACCGUGCUUCAAAAAUCAAGAAACACUUUAGAAAUACUAAAUAUUAAGGACUUCUUCAUUGGUAAAAACGGGUCAGUUGUUAAAGGCUCGAAUUGGUUUUUAACAGUGCUGACGUCAUUGGCAAACUUAACAAGACUUUCAAUCACUAUAUACUAUCUCACCGAUGAAUUGGUUUUGUCUCUUGCUCGAGCCAGAAGAGGUCAACUGACGCACCUCUCUCUGUUGACGAACUUUAUAUUUACAAACACUGUACAACGAGAUAGCUGGGACUACCUGUGGAAUGCAUGCCCCAAUGUUGCAAUCGAACUAACGAUUGACGGAGAUAUUGACGAACCCCAAGAGGAUCUUCCAUAUUUCUUGGAGCCGCUAGAAAUUCCCAUCAAGAAUAUAAAGAUGAUAGUCAAUAGGAAUUUUCAUUCUUCUCCAUCGUCUGUAUUUGGGAUGAAAGUCGUGUUGGAUUACGUCAGAAAUCAUUACAGGCCAUCACUCAAGAGUUUUACACUGGACGUGAACAACGAGAAAGAAGAAAACUUUGACCAGUCUUUGAUCAAUUUGGUCAGAGAAUGUCCACUUCUGGUCAACGUUAAGAUUUUGGCUUCCUUCCACUCGGGUGAUACAGCCAAGACCAUUCACAAUGUAGUCGCAGAGAGACUUCCAACACCACUCACUAGCACUGGUCCAGAGAACAAAAAUGUUCAAAUUGAAGACAAUGCUUCUCGACCUAAGCACGACUUGGAACUGUAUUAGCAAUAGAUUCAAGACGUGAUUUCGUUUUAUCGAAAAGUAACAGCGAACUCUGAGAAUAGCCUAAAUAUAUAUCAAUAAAUAUAAGUGAACUUUUUUGACAAAA